CUUGACAAAGCAAUAGCUUGUGAAGAUUCAAUAGCCUAGACUCUGGGUACAAGGUAGCCCGUUUAUUGUUUGCCGUCUGCCGGAACUCAAUUUGACGAUGACAUCUACACAGGGUUGCGAGUUUCUAUUUUGGGUCUUCAUGUGGCUGAACAGACUGAUUCUCAACCUUGCAGAUAUUUGGCACGUGCUUAUCUACAAGAAGAAUAGAGCAACUAUUGGCCUCCGUAUCUCACUAUUUCAGUAAUUUUCUAGAAGAUUGAAAAGUAGAUAGCAAUCUAGAUUGUGGGAACAAAUAUUGAACUUUAGAAUCCUGAAGCUGAAGAAUGAAAACAUAAAGGAAUGACCAAAUUUAAGGAUUGGAAACUGUGACUGAGAUAUGUUCUUAUGAAUAAAGUAUUUUAUGGAAAAGAUGAAAAAGUUCAAGCGCCGGCUUUCUCUGACCUUGCGUGGCAGCCAAACAAUUGAUGAGUCUCUGUCUGAGCUUGCAGAGCAAAUGACCAUUGAAGAAAAUAGCAAUAAGGACAAUGUUCUCAGUGGAGCCAUCAGUGUGGGCUUCUUUGGAGUCCAUUUAGGCACGCCACACUUUCUGGAUCUGAAUGGAUGUGGGCCCACAAUUGUGGAUGUCAAUAAAAGGUUGUCACUGCCUGCAGAUAUUAGAUUACCUGAUGGAUAUUUGGAAAAACUGCAGAUGAGCAGUCCACCUUUUGAUCAGCCUAUGAGUAGAAGAUCCCGCAGAGCUUCUCUAUCUGAAAUUGGAUUUGGGAAACUUGAAACUUACGUUAAGCUGGACAAACUUGGAGAGGGUACCUAUGCAACGGUGUUUAAAGGAAGAAGUAAGCUAACUGAUAACCUGGUAGCACUGAAAGAAAUCAGGCUGGAACAUGAGGAAGGUGCACCUUGCACAGCAAUACGGGAAGUCUCAUUACUCAAGGACCUGAAGCAUGCGAACAUAGUCACUUUACAUGAUAUUAUUCACACGGAAAAGUCAUUGACACUAGUAUUCGAGUACUUGGACAAGGACCUGAAACAGUAUAUGGAUGAUUGUGGAAGCAUAAUGAGCAUGCACAAUGUGACGAUAUUUUUAUUCCAGAUUUUACGGGGCUUGGCAUAUUGUCAUAAACGGAAAGUGUUACACCGAGACCUGAAACCGCAGAACCUGCUGAUAAAUGAAAAAGGAGAACUAAAGCUUGCUGAUUUUGGUUUAGCAAGAGCCAAGUCUGUUCCAACAAAGACAUACUCAAAUGAAGUUGUAACUUUGUGGUACAGGCCUCCAGAUGUUCUUCUGGGCUCUUCAGAGUACUCAACACAGAUUGACAUGUGGGGCGUCGGAUGUAUCUUCUAUGAAAUGGCAUCAGGAAGACCUUUGUUUCCUGGUUCCACCGUCGAAGAUGAAUUGCACUUGAUUUUCAGGCUACUAGGAACACCUACAGAGGAGACAUGGCCAGGCAUAUCUUCAAAUGAGGAAUUUAAGGCUUACAACUUCCCUAAGUAUAAGCCACAACUUAUAAUAAAUCAUGCACCAAGGUUGGACACAGAUGGAAUUGAUCUGUUAUCCAGCUUUUUACAAUACCAGGCCAAGAAGAGAAUUUCUGCUGAGGACGCCAUGAAGCAUCUUUACUUUAAAAGUCUUGGAACAAGGGCACACACUCUACCUGAUGGUGCCUCAGUUUUUUCAUUAAGUGAAAUUCAGUUGCAAAAGGAUCCUGGCUACAGAACCACCUCAUAUCCAGAGACAGCACAUGGGAAAAACAGAAGACAGAGUAUGCUGUUCUAGGCUAUCUUGCAAAAUUACAGACUUGAGUUCCACUGGCUUGCCAUUUUACAUCGCAGUUACCCAGGAUUCUGAAGACGACAAUUUCCAUAAUUUAGUGUGGAUCAGAACUUGAAUAUCAACAUGUCUCCUUUACUGCCCUUGCGAUGUAGUCUUUUAUUCUAAUGUGUAGAUUGUUUUAUAUUCACAAAUCACGUUCAGACAUUUUUGUGUGUGUGUGUAUAUAUUUUACAUAUUGUGUGUAUAUACAUGUAUAAUGUAUGUAUAUACAGAUAUAUUUACAUACACAUACAAAAAAUAGGUUUAUGGUUUCACCUCUGCUGUUUUAUAACCAGUAGUUACAGCUGCUGCUGUAACUUUAGCUGCAGUUUUGUGCAGUACUGGAAACAAAGUGCUUAUUUAUUGGGAAUCAUUGCUGCUAAAUGACUACUGUCCAUUAACCACAUCAUGGUGGUAUAGCGGAAAAUGUGAGUGGCUUGUAGCAUGUGAAUGCAUCUGUUUCUUCUAAUAACUAUUUCCAGCAGUUUGCAGAUUUUACUGUUACACUUAAUUCCAAAUGCUCUUGAAUAUUUAAAUAUCUGCAGAGCUUCACAUUGAAAAAAAUGAUUGUGAUGAGGAAUCUUGCACCCUUUAAGCUCAUACAAUAGAAUAUUUAAAUUUGUUUUGAAAUCUUGUGUGACCAGCAGGGAAACUGAUUAGUGUUUUUAAAAAAAAUUUGAAGAAAUCAGCAUCAAAUCUGUUUUUUCAUUACUAAAUAUGAGCAAAUUCUUUGCACCUAUUUUUCCAUGUCAUUUUAUGAAGACAUGGAAAUUCAGAGGGUUUAAUUUUGUAUCUGAUCUCUGCUGUUAUUUCUCAUCAUUUUAUAAUGACUUCACUACAAAACUUAUGUAUCUCAAUGAGUAUCAUAAGUAGGCUUUUGUUAACAGUAUUUGUAUGUAUGUUUGCCUUUACAAAUAAUGGUUUUAGUGGAUCUACAUUUUAGGAUUACUGUUAAUAUAUAAUUGUUAAGAAAUCAGAUUUGUAGCAAAUGCAAAUAAUCAUUGAUGACAUUUUUUCUGGACUUUUACUGUAAACUUAUUCAGGGUCCUAUCAUUUUCAUCAAUUUACAUAGUUUGUUAUUUAACAGUGUUAAGGAUAUUUUGUAUGUUUAAUUUUAUUUGUGAACUGUGAUGAUGGCAUGUUGAAAAAUUGUUUACUUGUAUUUUGUGUAGCUUGUGACUUGAUUUUAAUUGGAAUUUUGUAAGAAGGAAAAGGAAACAGAUUCAUUGGUAACAUUGUACAUUGGACCACUACUGCUCAUAAAAUGAUUCCAGGCUGAGAUGUGUAUAUCUAAACUAAAACUGCUGUGCUAUUUCUGACUGACAGUACUAUUUUUGGAAAGUAUAAAUAUUACAGUGCAUUCCUUGUUUUAACCGAU